CUAGUGGUUCAAGCGGUCACGAUAGUUGUAGUGGUAGAUCAAGAAGUUAUGAUAGUUGUAGUGGUGGAUUAAGAGAUCGUGGUAAUUGUGAUGGUGGAUUAAGAGGUUGUGAAAGUUGUGGUAGUGGAUCAAGAGGUCAUGAUAGUCAUG